AUGGGCAAGCGAAAGAAGUCGUCACGCAAGCCUCAAGGUCCCAAGAAACGCGAGCCCCUCGCCUCAACCUUCACCUGCCUCUUCUGCAACCACGAAAAAGCCAUCCAGAUCAAACUCGACAAGAAAGCCGGCGUGGGCAACCUACACUGCAAAGUCUGCGGGCAGAAGUUCCAAACGGGCAUCAACUACCUGAGCGCCGCGGUCGACGUCUACUCGGACUGGAUCGAUGCGUGUGAAAAUGUGGCACAGGAUGCGGCGAGCAAGGAGGCCGAGGACGAUGCCAAGUUCAGCAGCUAUGCGACAUCCGGUAGUAGGGCCGGCGGGGGGAUUGGCGCCCCUGGAGGGGGAGGGGCCGAUGAAGAAGACGAAGAUGCCGAUUACGGCGACGAGUAA